CGGUAAGAAAUAGUAAUUAGACAGGUUAGGUUUAUUAGGGGCUCAAGAACCUGAGCUGGUGCAGGCAGCGGCGCGGGAAGAUGAGCAAGAGGCAAGGUCCGCCGAAGCACCAAAACCAGUACGCAUGGAAGCCCAACGCCGGCCACAAAAUCAACGAAACGGAAGUUGGAGGGAAGCUCAGACCAUUAUCGGAGAUCACUGGGGUGUGCACUCGCUGUAAAGAUCAGAUAGAUUGGAAACGCCGUUACGGGAAAUACAAGCCGCUUUCUGAGCCUGCCAAAUGUCAACGAUGCUCGAAACGUGCAGUCCGUCAAGCUUACCAUAAUUUAUGUUCUGCUUGUGCGAAGGAGCAAAAUGUUUGCGCAAAGUGUUGUUGCCGCGUCAACCAGAUAAUCGGAAGAGACUCUGCUGAAGUUGAAGCUGAGCAAAAGAUGCUUGAGGAGGCUAUUAAGAAUGCUAGAGAAAGGGAUCGAAGGACUCUCCUACGUGCUAUGAACAAAGGUAAAAUAAAGAGUUCAGAAAAAAAUGUAACAAAUGAAGGGAACAAGGUCGGGGAUUUGUUUCCCUCUGCAUCACUUGAAGAAUAUGCAGCGAAAAGCAGAGGACUUAAUCGUGAUCUUAAUGGUCAUAAUGAUCUUGAUCAUAGUGGUGAAGAAGAAGAAGAGGAAGAUGAUGAUGAUGGUGAGACCGGUGAAGCUCAAGAUGUUGAUAAAAUUAAAGAUGAAGAUGAGUGCAAAGGUGAAGAUGGGUAGAUGCUUCGCAAAUUCCCCAUGAACUGAUUUAGUCUGUGGGAUGUCUACUAGUGGAGACAUGGAAACAUGAAUUAUUUGCUUCAGUUUUUGUUGAUGUGCAAAUGAUUAUACCUACCUGGAGACAUUCAUUGACUUUAUCCCUUAUUUCAGGCUUUUUCGCUUUUCCAAUUGAAGCUAAAAGUAAUUUAGUGAAUCUUCAUGCGAAGAUAUUGCCCUC